AUGGGUUGUAUUGUAAGUUCAGUUGCUUGUUGUUUUUGCAGUUCUGCUGCUAGCUUGUGCUGUGCUUGCCUACCUAGUUGCAAGUCUUCGACGUCUUCGCGAAUGAUGUUUAGUAUUAUACUUAUUGUUACAGUCCUUCUUUCAGUAAUCGCUCUAAUUCCUGACGUUAGAGACGGUCUAACCAAAAUCCCUGCACUUUGUACACCUUUUAAGCUGUCUCCAUUUACGAAGGAGGAAAAAGCCGCUCUAGAUUGUGAUGCUAUUACUGGUUUUGGGGCUGUUUACCGUAUUUGUUUCGCAUCAACUAUGUUUUAUCUUGUGUUCUGUGUAAUUAUGAUUCGGGUCCACUCAUCCAUGGACUGGAGAGCGAAAUUACAAAAUGGGUUUUGGUUCUUUAAGUAUCUUUGUUGGUUUGGUUUAUUGAUUGGUGCAUUCUUCAUACCCGUUGAAGGUUUUACAAAUUUAUGGAUGUACGUCGGAAUGAUUGGUGGGAGUUUGUACAUAAUCAUACAGUUAAUUCUUCUUGUGGAUUUUGCUCACUCAUGGAACGAGAACUGGCUAACGCAGUAUGAAGAAAGUGGAGAAAAGUGUUAUGCAUUAGGUCUGAUCUUUUUCACUUUUCUCUUUAAUUCAUUGUCGAUCGCUGGGAUUAUACUCCUGUUUAUAUUUUACGCAAGUGCUUCACAAUGUGGACUAAAUAAGGCUUUAAUCAGUCUUAAUCUUAUUUUCUGCUUCAUUGCAUCAGUUAUUUCAAUUUUGCCGAAGGUGCAAGAAUAUAUGCCACAGUCUGGUUUGUUACAGUCCUCGAUCAUUACUGCUUAUGUAACUUUCCUGACAUGGUCUGGUUUAACAAAUGGUCACGAUCCAGUAUGCAACCCAUCUUUAACUAUCACAAACAGUACAAAUACACAGGAUGAUGCAGUUGUUUUGAAGUUCGAUAGACAUAUCGCUAUCGGUAUAAUAGUGCUCAUUUUCUCUGUUCUUUACUCCACCCUCAGAUCUAGUACAAAAACAUCAGCUGGAAAGUUCCUUAUUUCUGGUACAGAAGAUACAACCUUAGCAGAACAAUUUUCUAGUACUGAUGAAGACAAUGAACGUAAUGGUCAAAAAGUAUGGGAUAAUGAAAAAAAUGGUGUAGCUUAUAAUUAUUUUAUGUAUCAUUUUAUGAUGUUACUAGCUACAUUAUAUGUUAUGGUUAUGCUUACUAAUUGGUUAAAACCACAAAAUGAUUUAAAAACAUUAGUCAGUAAUUCAGCUGGUUUUUGGGUACGUAUUAUAAGCAGUUGGAUAUGUUUAGGUAUUUAUAUAUGGACAUUAAUUGCACCGGCUCUAUUUCCUGAUCGUAUAUUUUAA